AUGGUAACUGUGAACGUCGACCGACUCAAACCAUUUCGGGGCUACUAUUCACGAUCGUUCGACGACGAGAUCCCCGAAGCUGACGAAGCUUGCGACGAAUUGUCGAUCGACUGCCUACCCUCGUCCAGCUUCGUGGAACGAGUGUCCUUUCCAGAUGACGACGUUGCUUACUCGUCUACCUCGUCGCCGAUUUUCCGGCAAGCUCUGGAGGAACUCCACAGCUUGGGAGUGGCGCAUUGUGAUGUUCGAGCGGCCAACGUGUUUGUCCUGCUCAGCGACAAACGAGUCAUCUUGGGCGACUUGGAGUACUGCCGACCCUUGGAUGCAGCGCCGCCCAACAUCCAGGGUGCUCCCAUCAACAAUCAAUUCAAAACAGCUCGGAAGUUGGACGAACAUCAGUUUGAAAGGUUUAAGGACGAGUUGGCCAGUAUGUAGUUAGCUGUGUUGCAACGAUGUCAUUCGGAAUAUAAUAUCCGUCUUAAUCUAGUGCGU